AUGUCUGUAUGUACUAGUUGGAUUGGCACCGAGCAAAAGUAACUAAGAAAAGAAAAAGAGAAGACAAACGGAAAGUGCGCGUGUUUGUCUAGUGAGUGUCAAAGAGACGGAAAUAGGGGAAAAAGAGCUCCCGGGAGAAACUGAACACGAAAAUUGAUUUAUGUGGGAACGAAGUUGGUUUUGGUUUGGUGAUUGGCAAUUGGAAAGUGGAAAACGAUUGCGAGUGUCCCUCACAUUUCUCUCCGUUUAUUCAGCUUUUGCGAUUGCUCUCCCACACUCCUCAUUCACGAUAAUCUCUCGUCGAAAAGGCAGGAAAAAGAGAAUUUAUUACCAAAAAGGGAGCGGGACAAACAUGGCGAGGCGAGGGAGUAAAGUUGAAAUCGGAUCUUUUUGCAGGAAACAUGCGAACGAGCAUGCGGCAAGUGGCGGAAUGUGGCGGUGUGCGAGAAGCCGGUGGAGCACGGAGACUGCCAGCUCGCCAUUCCGAGGUGCGUUUGAAAGCCAGGUUUUGAGUGGGAAGAGAGCGUUGAAAUGCGCAUAUAUUAGGCGGGAAAAACAUUGAGUCAUAGUCUCAUAGACGUACAGUUUUCAUAGACUUUGAAAGCUACCGCUGCAGGCUGGAAUGUGAACAUUUCGAUGAUAACUCCUCGUUUCGCCUUCUUGUUCACAAACCAUUCCCGCCUCGUUUUCCCUCGCUCUCUCGCUCACUCACUAAAUAUUUGUCCUUGUACCCUUUGCCUUCAAAGUUUCAAUGUUUCCAAUCAUUCCAGAUGGCACUACGACACAGCUUCCUCCCAAUGCAAAAUGUUCAUGUGGACCGGAUGUGGUGGAAACGGAAACUCGUUCUCCUCAAAAGAAGACUGUGAAUCUCUGUGUCGUGCCGAGACCUCGUGGUCCAACACCACGGACUUCUGCACUUGGGAACGAUCGACCGGGCCGUGCAUCGACUCUAUCUCCAUGUGGUACUUUGACUCGAACGAUCUCGACUGCAAACCGUUCACGUACGGAGGCUGCAGGGGCAAUCAGAACCGGUUUGUGAGCAAGGAACAGUGCCAGCAAAGCUGCAGAGCCGGAGGAAUCGUCCAAAGCAAAGCGGAAGUGUGCACGCUGCCAUUCGAAACGGGGCCGUGCAGACUGGACGUUCAGAAGUACUUCUACGACCCGGUGACGCAGUCUUGUCAGGUGUUCUACUACGGAGGAUGCGAGGGAAACGGCAACAAGUUCGACACGGAGCUCGACUGCUACAGACUGUGUUCGAGCGUGAAAGUGGAAGCGGGAGAGCCGCAGGUGGCUCAGCUCUCGUCUGCGACCACUCCGGUCAUUUACAUCGUCGACAAGGCGCCGAUCUUUGUUGGGAUGACUGUAAGUUGCCCCAACUUCACAAACGCAUUCAACUUUCCUUUUCAGUUCCGAAUUCGCUGCAACAGUUACGGAAUAAUACCAAUCACGUGGUACAAGAACGGAGGACUUCUUCAGUUCGGCUCGAGAAUCACCGAAGAGAAUGACGACACGCUGGAGAUCGAGGACGCUCACACGAUCGAUUCUGGAGUCUAUUCCUGUGUGGCCGGGCAAGAAUCCCGUAUGAGCGAAGGCGUCGAGGUGAUGAUCAAGAGACUGAAUGGCACCAGAACCACGCCCCGUCCACUGCUCACUCCUGCUCCCAACUUCUCAAUGGGCACGAAGCCCACUCCUGCUCCAACUACCAUCGCAACCACUCCGAAGCACACUCCUCGUGCCACUCCGUCCGGAUCCCAUCUCCCGUCCACCUGUGUCGAUUCGGGAACCGCCAGCACCUGCGACCUCGUCGUCAAGAACGGACUGUGCGGAAAGAAGCGAUACGGCACGUUCUGCUGCCGCACUUGCGCCGGACACCUCAAGUUCUGA